AUGGGGUCAUCCAGAAAUGUCACUCGCUACAUCACCCUCGGACUCGUCACUCGCGUCGUCAUCAUCUUCGUCGGCACCGUCGCCGCCGUCGGCGAAGCCCCCAUCGCCGUCGUCAACCACGUCGCCUUCGUCUGCGACGACCACCACCGCAUCAUCCUCCGAAGUGAAUGCCCUGACCAACGCGUCCACAUUGUCCUCAACCCAACGCGCCAGCGGGCAGUCCCGGCCUCCUCCUACUCCGCACGAGCACCAGCGUCGGGCCACGCCCGAGCUCCUCCGCCUGCGCGUGCCCCCGUGGCCUCGACCGCCGGCUGCCGCCCGGCCCAUCCGCCUCCUGCCCCGCGCCCGGCUUCCGCGGCCUCCGCGCGGCCAACCCCGAGCUCGGCCCCUCUGCAUCGGCCCGCACCUCCACAAACAUGUGCCCCGGCCGUUGCCUGCGCCCGCCGGCUCCGGAUCCCCGCCAGGUCGCCUCCGGCCGCGGCCGGGUGCCCCGCACCAACCGGCUCCGGGUCCCCGCUCCGAGUCGCCUCCGCCUGCGGCCGGGCGCCCCGCUUCGGCCGUCUCCGGGUCCCCGCCGGGUCACCUCCUGCCCACCCUCACGCCGGCCUCUCCACCUCCUGCGCCGGCUCCGGUGGCCGCCCCGUUCCUCAACCCGGCCGCCGGCUCCCCAGGCUGGCCCGACCACCCGCCGGCUCCCCCCUCGACCCGGCCCGCCGGCUCUGCCUGCGCUGGCUUCUGCCGCGUCCGCACCCAGGCCGACUCCGCGCGCGCCGGCUGCCUGUCGGCUCCUGCCGCCCGGACGACUCCACCACCUGCACUGGCCUCCAAGCCGCCCGCGCCGUCUCAUCCGGGCCGUCUGCGUCCAUGCGCCCUCCUCCCGAGUCGCCGCGCGGCGGGUCGCCGAGCCUCCUCUACGUCCGCGCGCGUUGGCGCCGCCCCCCGCGCCGGCUGCAACGGCGGUCCGCCCGCCGGCUCGCGGCCCGCUCCGGCUGCAACCUCGCCUCCCCCGGCCGGCGCCUGCAUCCCGGCCGCGCCCCGUCGCCGGCCCUCCGCCUGCCGGCUCCAGCGCGCCCGGCCGCCUGCCGGCUCUCGCCACUCGGCCGGCCCUCCGCUUGCCGGCUCCAGCGCGCCCGGCCGCCUGCCGGCUCCCGCCACUCGGCCGGCCCCCCGCCUGCCGGCUCCAGCGCAACCGGCCGCCUGCCGGCUUCGCGCGUCCCCGCCGGCUCCCCCACCCGACCGCUGUGGUAG